GGGUUAGAGCAAAUAAAGCAGAUCAGUUGAUUACUGUGAGGUUUCCUGGUUGGGAGUCAAAAGUGGCAAACAACUCCAGUGGGCUUGGCAAGCUAUGGUUGUUCUGGAAGUCAGAUAUCAACCUUACAGUUCUCCAUUUGACUGAUCAAUUUAUCCAUGUGUUGGUGGCCUCAGGUACACCUUUUUUCCUUACUUUGGUCUAUGCAUCAAAUGAUGAAGUGGAUAUGAGAGUUCUCUAUAGUGAGUUGGUUCGAUUGCAAGUUCAAUCUGCUCCCUGGGCUGUACUGGGUGACUUUAAUGCCAUAGGGGAUGUUAAUGAGGCUUCAAACAUGCCUCAGCUCUCUAGUAGUAUGACAGAUUUCAAGAAUUGGCAAUAUGAUUGUGAAUUAGAAGAACAUAAGUCGACUGGACCCUGGUUUACAUGGAUAAACAAACAAACGGGUAAUCCAAUAGCGAGGAGAUUGGAUCGAGUUUUUGUGAAUUCUUAAUGGUUUGAGGGACUGCCUUCUAGUACUGUUGAUCUGCUGGAUCCCUCUGUGUCGGAUCAUUGCCCGAUUCUACUAAAUUCUGAUAGCACUAUCAAAUCAAUGCCCAAACUGUUCAAAUUUUUCAAGUUCUGGAUCAAGCAUCCUCGGUUUAUGGACUUAGUAAAGGAAGCACGAAUGAUGCAGGUAGAGGGAUCACCUCUAAUUCGGGUGUGCAAAAAGUUGAAAAAACUCAAGGGUCUGCUCAAGAAGUUGAAUAAGGAUGAAUUUUCUGAUCUUAGUGAAAGGGCUCGAUUGAAGGAGUCUGAACUGGUGAUUGCACAGGCAGAAGCCUUAAAAAACCCUUCACCUAGCUCUUUUGAAGAGGAGAUUAGACUUGCUAAAGAGGCUAGGGUGCUAAGAGAGGCUGAAGAGUCAUUUUUCGCCAGAAAUCUAGGGAAAUAUGGCUCAAAGAGGGGGAUUCGAAUACUCCUUACUUCCAUAACUCAGUAAAGAGUCGCCAAAAAAGGAAUAUGAUAAGAUCUUUAAUUAAUGAAGAUGGUCAGAGGGUUACAGACACAGAUGGUAUGGCUGGGAUAGCAGAGAGAUUUUAUAGGGAACUGUUGGGGAAAUGUGAUCCAGAAGUUGCUCCCCCAGAGGUGGACAAAAUCAAGAGUAUCCUUCUUAAAAGAUUACUGCUUGAGCAAAGUGAUGAAUUGUGCUCCCCUGUUACAGCAGAGGAAGUCAAAGCUACCUUAUUUGGGUUUGAUGGAGAGAAGGCCCCUGGGCCAGAUGGGUUUCCUGCUUGUUUCUUUAAAGUAGCAUGGAAUGUUAUUGGAGGGGAGGUAACAGCUGCCAUCCUUUACUGUUUUAGAGUCUCUGAGAUUCCUAUAAGUGUUAAUGCAACUCUUUUAGCCCUAAUCCCUAAGAUUCGGUCCCCAGAAGAGAUGAAAUUCCGUAGGCCAAUUUCAUGUUGCAAUAUUCUCUAUAAGUGUAUGGCCAAAAUACUUGCUGUGAGACUAAGCUCUGUUAUGCCCUGCAUAAUUAGUGAAUCCCAAACUGCAUUUGUUAAAGGUAGGAUAAUAGGGGAAAAUAUUCUACUUGCACAUGAACUGGUUCAGAAAUAUGGAAGGAAAAAUAUCUCCCCUAGGUCCUUAGUGAAGGUUGACUUGAUGAAGGCCUUUGACUCGGUUGAUUGGGGUUUCCUUUUUAAUACUCUGCAAGCUAUGGGGAUACCUGAUAGGUUUUUGCAAUGGUUGAGAAUGUGUGUUACCACACCUAAACUGAGCAUUGGGUUUAAUGGGGGUUCAGUUGGAUAUUUCUCUGCUAGGAAAGGGUUGAGGCAGGGAGAUCCCCUCUCCCCAUAUCUGUUUGCUGUGGCUAUGGAAAUCUUGUCUUGUUUAAUGAAUGAAGCAGUUAAGAAAAAUGAGAUGCCCUUUCAUCCCAUGUGUAAGAGACUGGGACUAACUCACCUUAUGUUUGCUGAUGAUCUACUGUUAUUCUCUGAUGGAUCUAAUUAUGGGAUCCAGUGUAUUAAGAAAGUUCUAGCUGAGUUCAGAAUAAUAUCAGGACUAAAAUCAAAUCCAGCAAAAUGUGAACUUUACUGUGGUGGCAUUAGUGUGGAUUGGCAGGAAGCUAUGGAAAAUAAUUCAGGGUAUAAGCUGGGGGUGCUUCCAGUUAGAUAUUUUGGUCUUCCCCUGCUGCCAGGGAAACUUACUAUUAAAGCUUGCACUCCUCUGAUUGAUAGGGUGACAGGGAGAAUAUCUAGUUGGAAAGCAAAAGCAUUGUCCUAUGCAGGGAAGUUUCAAUUGGUCAUGUCAGUAUUGUAUAGCCUCACUCAAUUCUGGAUGUCAAUUUUUAUCCUUCCUAAGUCAGUUAUCAGAGCAAUAGAGAAGCUGUGCUGUGACUUUUUGUGGGGUGUGGGGGAUGGAUCUAGGAAAAGGGCUGUGGUUGCUUGGCCAAGGGUUACCUAUCCUAAGAAGGAAGGUGGUCUAGGAUUUCGAGACAUGGUAUCAUGGAAUCUGGCUUGUGUUACAAGGCAUAUUUGGGCUAUACUGUUGAAACAGGGGGUCAUUGUGGGUGGCCUGGGUUUGGGAGUAUAGAAUUAAGAGGUGUGAUCUCUGGACUGUAACUUCAAAGGCAGGGUCCUGGUUGUGGUUGAAAUUGCUGAAAUAUAGAGAUAGGAUGAGGAGUUAUCUGGUGGCUGGGCCUAAUGGUGUUUACUGGAAAGGAGAACUUAUGGAAAAAUUUCAAAUAAAGAAAGUCUGGGAGGAGCUUAGACCCAAAACCAACACUAUCUCUUGGUACUCUCUGGUAUGGAAAGGAACAAAUAUCCCCAGAAAUCAGUUCUUGGUAUGGCUCAUAGUGAAUGAUUACAUUAUGACAGGGGAUAAGGCUCAAGGGUGGGGGGCUGCAGGUAAUCACUACUGUGUAUUCUGUAACACUACCCUGGAAACAAGAUCACAUAUGUUUGCAGAGUGCCUUAUCUAUAAACAGCUCUUUACAGCGUUGUUUGCAAAGUAUUCUAAUCGUUCUCCUGGAGAUAAGUGGCUGUCUGAAUUACAGUGGCAUCCAUGUAUCUUACACAGAAGAAUGAUACAGCUCAGGUGGGUAAAGUGAUCUGGCAGAGUCUGGUUGCCAGUAUCUGGAGGGAGAGAUGCAGGAUUAAGUUUGGAGGUAAGGUGUUUGACAUGGAGGAGCUGACUCGACUGAUAAAAGGAGAUCUGAGGCUGUUACUGGACCAUGGGAUCCUAGAUCGUUUUUUCUAAUUCUAUGGUUUUAGUUUGGCUAGUCUGUUUUGGUUUAAUGUGAACUCCUUGUAAAGGUGCAUUACUCAGCUGGCUAGAGCUUGUUGCCAACAAAGUUGUUUGCCUCAUUUAUGAUGAAAUGAAAAGCCCUACCAUUCAUAAAAAAAAAUAAAAAAUAAAUGCAAAUGCGUAUAAAACCAUCGACUAUAUCAAUUUACAAAUAUUUGUCAUACUGCGUCAAUUCAGUAUUCUUAAAUUCAUAUAAACCAACUUCUAACUAUAAUAGAUUACUGGAAAUACGUAGAGUAAUAGGUUGUCUUUAUUUAAUUGAGUAACAUAAGUGGGAUGGGAUGGGAUGUGAUGGGAGGGUUCCGGAGGAAGUUUAGUAAAGGUACGGAAGGAUCCUUCCGUACAUUGCGCACAACACAAGAAAAACAGAAUGGGAGGGGUUCUGCCAGAGAACCUCCUUAUAUGUUUGGGUAGAGAUAGAUUAUUGAUAGCUCUGCAACAAAAAGUACGGAUGUAAUAUUAUGACUUUAAUGAAAACUCUUAUUUUGUAUUUAUUUUAUAAUUUUAGGUGUAGAAUUGCAUCCGCGAAGCGCAAGCGAGCGGAUCUUUGCUAGUUUAAUUUCAUUUGUCACUGAUAUGUUUUUUAUAUAGUCAGAGUGAACGUCAAAAUGAGAGAAAUACAUAAAUAUUUAUCAACCUAUUAUAUACUUUAGACCAUUCACAUUGAAAUUGUAUUUUGAAUAACAUCAUGACAAAACAUUUUUGCAAUGAUUUGCAAGUCACAUUAUCUUAUUUCAUUGUAAAAUUAUCUACUACCAAUGCAGUCAAAAGUACGAUUCUACCUAGAAACAGUUGGGUGACCUAGAAGCAUAAAAUUGCAAGUUUUUAAGUUUUAAAGCAUAGACUUUGACUACAUUGGUAAGGAAAAAUCUUGAUUCUACGUAAAAACCUUUUGGUGACCUAAAAGGAUAAAAGCGUAAGCUUUUAAGUUUUAAAGCGCGAUUUUGACAGCAUUGUCUACUACUUUUGUUAUUUAAGUGUUUAUGUUUACAUAAUUAAAUUAAAAAAUAAAUUAUAAUUGCAUAGAUGUGACAUGUGAGUACAAUGAAAUUAAUAUGAGUUG